GCUGAAUAGCGAGAAGAAAUUGAAGAGCUUCCACAGAUGGGGCAAUUACAAACGCAGCGUCAACAAGUGGCAUGGCAAAGAUAUGAGGGGAUGGAAAAGAAAAAAAAACGAUAUAAGCAUCAAUAAAGAGAGAAAAAAAAAAAAAAAAAUGGACACUUGUGAUUACAAAUUAAAUGCCAAUUACCCGUUCAAUGUAGACGAAGCGAGGAAAAAAAAAAAAAAAGAAAAAAAAAAUAUAGAAAUUUUCUACGAAAAUGAUUCUGAUUUGUAUUCCCCUUGCUUAGACGUGGAAGGUGCGUUGUGCGUUAUUACAGCAGGGGGGGAAAUACUCAGGUAUAAAUUGAAAAGCGAGAAAUGGAAUGGAAGAGGCAGAGACGAAUCAGCUUCGACGUCGUCAUCGAGUGAAGAGGAAGGUGAAGACGACACAGAUGAAGGUGGCAGCGAGAGCGGAGAAAAUGGUCAAAGUGAGGAAGAUGUACAGAAUGGAAGAAAAAAAACGAAUGCGCAGAACGCGCAGAACGCGCAGCGAGAAAGAUAUCAUAGCACUGACAUUGAAGCGGAAUGCUUGUGUGCGGACAACGAUUACAACUUCUACGUUUUCGACCCUAUGACCCGCGGACUGAUGGUGAUAAACAAGAAGAAAGAAAUGGAGCUGUACACGGACGAGUACGAAGACGAGCAUUUCCAAGGAGUGAACAAUUUGGUGUAUGAUAAAAAAAGGAACAUCCUAUACGUUGUCGAUUCGGGGAAUUUGAACGAAGAAAAUAAAUGUAACUUGUUUUAUGUAAAUAAAGACAUAGAAACGAUGAUGAGGAUGGAUAUCCCCAACAUGCCCUACGCACAUAACCUGUGUGUAUAUGAGAAGGGCACGACGAAUGAUAUAUACGUCUGUUUGACGAAGGAAAAUAGAAUUGUAAGAUUAAUGAGCAGAGGAAAUUCUUACAUUAAGUGCCACUUUCUACAGAUAGAUGGCUGCUACUCCCCCUUGUUCAUUUGCACAGAUAACACGAACUUUGUUGUGCUGCUCAAAGAUUUAAGUGGCUGCCAGAAAAGGGGGAAGCUCCUCGAAAUAGACUCCAACGGGGAAGUGAUCAACUCAAUUUUCACGGAUGGGUGUCAGUUUAAUGGCAUAUGCUACGACCACAGGGUGGGGAAGUAUUUCUUCAUCGAGGGGCGCGUUAUUUAUACGUAUUAAAGGGCAGUAUGUGUAGGUAAGAAAGUUGGUGUGCAGGGGUGGUAGAAUAAGCAAUCGUUGAUGAUCAUAUGGGGCAGAAAGAGGGAGCCACACAAAAAAAAAAGAAUGCCCCUUUUGCUUCACCAUUCUGCAAAUAGAUAUGCAAAAUGUGCACCCCCAUGGGGCUAGCUAAAAUUCGAUUUAGCAUCUAUUGUGAGCGCGGCGUGGACGAGCAUCGCGCGUCAUCCAUUUAUGAUCAAUUCUAUUUUUUACUCUUGUGAAAGUUUACAU